AAGAGUGUGAAAUACAGACAUCAUGUAAACACCAUUUUCGUGAAGUGACCUUUUUUUAAAAAUAUGAAUAUGUCUAAUUUUCCAGUCAUCUGUUUUGCUUUCAGUCUGAUUAGCCAACGACGGUUUACUUAUUGAGUUCCUUCUUUAGAUUCUACUCCUGUGAGUUCUGCGAGUUACUCAACUACUGAUUUGCAAAGUGAGGGUUCCUUCGGCUCUCAUCAAUUGAAAGAUAUGCUGACACCACAAGGAGGCAAUGAGUUGUGGUUGAGACUUGUGCUGGCCUCCUCUUUCGUGGUCUUUUCCCUUCUCAUUGGAGCUGGGAUUUUCUUGUGGAGAAGGCGGAGACGAAGAAGGAAUUCUUUAAGAAAAACUAUGCAACAAUACAUCACCAAUCCCAAUUACUAUUCCACCUCCAUUAAAAACAUUGAGAUAUCACCAGAGAACGUAACACUUGUUGAAGAAAUCGGCGAGGGAUUUUUCAGCAAAGUAUACAAAGGUUUCUAUAACACAGGCUCUGGAGAAACUGUGGCAGUUGCGGUGAAAACGCUGAAAGAGGGUCACGAGGCAGAUUUCGACCAAGAAGUGAGCAUUAUGUCAACAUUCAACCACCAGAACAUCCUACAAUUGAUGGGAGUCGUCAUCAAAG